UUUUUUUUUUGUUUGUUUAUCUUUUUUCAUGUAUCCUCCUCAAGCGUCUUCUCAAGAACUCGAACAUACGGUUGCUCAAGCGAUUGAUUGGGCUUUGGCUCACGGUCUUGUUGUACGACCCCCUUUAGAGAAACAAGCCAUAUUCACAAACAACGCGGCUGUCACUCAUGCCCCUUUUUCCCUUUAUCCUACCCCUUUUCCCCGUAAAGAAUAUGAAAAAGCUAAAACAUUGCAGCAACCAUGGAACACAUUGAUUCAUAAAAUGAGUCGAGAUGAAGAUUUGAUUUCUGAGACCAUGGAAACCUUAUCUAAAUUAGAUGAUUUUAUGAACCAACUCUAUGAGAUCUAUUUGACUGUAAAGAAUGAAGGCAUUGUACAGACCGCAAGCCUAGGUAUUCAUCGAAAUGAUUACCUCUUACAUGCUGAAGUAGGUGCAGAUGCAGCAUCUGCUAAAAUACAACAAGUUGAAUUCAAUACGAUUUCUUCUAGUUUUAUGAGUCUUAGUCACAGAACAACUGAACUUCAUCGUUAUCUCUUAUCUGCCUUGAAAGGAUAUGCAGGAGACCAGAUUCAAAUGAACCAAUUGCCUGAAAACAAAGCCAUUGAUUCCAUUGCUCGUGGUUUAGCUGAUGCAUGGAAGCACUAUGGCAACCCUGAUGCUCGUGUGGCAAUGAUCAUUCAGCCUGGUGAACGCAAUGCAUUUGAUCAGCGUUGGAUCGAAUAUGCAUUGCUUGAAAAUCAUGGUGUACCACUUGUCAGACUUUCAUUAGAAGACAUUGCAACAAGAGCAAAGCUUGAUACCAACACAAAAGCCUUGCUCAUUGAUGGUUAUGAAAUUGCUGUCUCUUAUUUCCGUGCUGGUUAUGGUCCAGAAGACUAUCCUACACAAAAAGAAUGGGAUGCUCGACGUGUCAUCGAGCGCUCUUUGUCUAUCAAGUGUCCUACAGUCGCAUACCAACUUGUAGGAUCUAAAAAGGUGCAACAAGUAUUGGCUGAACCCGGACGUUUGGAACGUUAUGUGGAUAAGGAGACAGCAGACGCCAUGCGUGAAUCAUUUGCUGGUCUUUAUCCAUUGGACAAUAGUCCUGAAGGAUUGGCAGCCUACAAAAAGGCAUUGGCAGAACCUGAGCAUUUGGUCAUGAAGCCUCAAAGAGAAGGAGGAGGGCACAAUAUUUAUGGUCAAGACAUUCUUGCUGAAUUGAAAAAGUUGACACCAGAAGAAAGAAAUGCUUAUAUCCUAAUGGACCUGAUCCGUAGUCCUCCUUUGGAUAACUAUAUGAUUCGUGAAGGCCAAGUAAUUGCAGGCCAAGUCGUGAGUGAACUUGGUAUUUAUGGCAUUUAUAUUGGUGAUCAAGACAAAGAGAUUGUUAAUUAUACAGGUGGCCAUUUGUUAAGAACAAAGGCUACUACUACACUUGAAGGAGGUGUAGCUGCUGGUUUUGCUGUGAUUGAUAGUCCUCUGCUUGUUUAGAUCGUAUGGAUAAAUAAAUAAAAAAG